GGCCAACAGCAGAUCCCUCUUUCUUCCAGCUCGAUAAUCAUCAGGUGGAACAACACUCUCAUAUUAUGAUAACAAGUAACCGACAAACAGUUUAACCAUCACGAUGCUUUUCGCUGUACAUAAUCAACAUGUGUCCAGGACAUUCUUCGGCUCCAUAAUUCUCGCAGUUUCAAUUCUCAACUCCCAAGCCAGCUUCCUAGGGCUGGAUCCUCAGGCAUUCCAAUACUUGGACCCCUCGACACUAGGGUUUCUUCAGGCCAUGGAGGACUUGGAACAAAUGAAAGCACCAGAGAGAAUCCCCGACGCUUGGGAUCUGAACUACGAAAGCUACGCCAUACCAGCUGAACCCUUUGGGCCACCAGUGUACAUUGAAGAAAUAGAACCCGAGGAGUACUACGAGCAGUUGUACGAGGAGGAACCGUACGGUGGUCUGAAGCAAACCGAAGAAGAAAUGGUGGAGCUUCUCGAGAGCAUGAGUCCAGCCGAGAUCGACGACUUCAGCGACUGGCUAGUCGCAGAGGGAAACGAGAACUAUCUGUUCACUUUUCUGCAAAUGCUCGACAAUCAACUGGUGGAUAAAUUCAACGAGGAUAUUGAGGAGGAGAACGAGAUUAUAAACGUCCUUUCCAAUAUCGAAAGUCUGGCCGCCGACGUUGCUGAAAAAGAGAAGGCGAUGGCAGUAGCGGAGAUGGUCCGACCGGAAGUGGACUAUUUUCCCAAACGGACCCUGAAGAGGGAAGUAUCGCCUGAUUUUUACCCACAAGCAGGAGGUUUUCUGGUGUAUGGCCCUGAGAAGAGGAUGGUGUUGGCGCGGGAGGCCAUGAACCCCGAGAAGCGAUGGGGCUUGUGGUAGGCUGAGGUGAUUCUGCUUUUUUCUUCAUACACCCAAAUGGAAAUACUCCCCCCUGAAGAGGCUGACGAAGAAAGACAAAGGGUUCCUGAAGACGGUCAAUGUGUUCAAUUAUUUAUAUAAGCAAUAUGGGAUGAAUUCAAAUGUUUGUUUCGUUC